AUGGAAAAAGGACAACCGGAAGACGGAUACGAUCAUUUUGAACGUGCAAUUCGGAAAACCGGAUGUUGGAAAGAACAUUUAACAUGUGCUGAAUGUAUGAGUCAUACAAAAGAUUGGCGAGAGUGUAAAGAAGAGUUGCAGAAAUUUAAAAAUUGCAUGCAAACCUACAUGAAGGAUAAGAUGAAACCUUCUGGAAAAACGUCAAAUUAA